AUUCCUAAAAGUGAACUUAUUUGGGGCAAUGCAGGCAUGAAAUUGUUGGCGUAGUGACAGAGGUAGGAAGCAAAGUAGAAAAAUUCAAAGUUGGAGACAAGGUAGGUGUUGGAUGCAUGGUGGGGUCUUGCCAUUCUUGUGACAGUUGUGCCAACAACCUUGAAAAUUACUGCCCCAAAAUGAUACUCACCUAUGGUUCCAAGUACCUUGACGGAACCACCACAUAUGGUGGUUACUCCGAUAUCAUGGUGGCCGACGAGCACUUCAUCGUUCGUGUUCCGGACAGCCUACCUCUUGAUGGAGCUGCUCCUCUCCUAUGUGCUGGGAUUACAACUUACAGCCCCUUGAGAUAUUUCGGACUUGACAAACCUGGUAUGCAUGUCGGUGUUGUUGGUCUAGGCGGUUUAGGGCAUGUCGCCGUAAAGUUUGCCAAGGCUAUGGGGGUUAAGGUUACAGUGAUCAGCACCUCCCCUAAUAAGAAGGAAGAAGCUAUUGAACAUCUCCAUGCUGAUUCAUUUUUGGUCAGUCGUGACCAAGAUCAAAUGCAGGCUGCCCUGGGCUCAAUGGAUGGCAUCAUCGACACGGUUUCUGCCAUCCACCCUCUUUUGCCUUUGAUUGGUUUGUUGAAGUCUCAUGGAAAGCUUGUGAUGGUUGGUGCACCAGAGAAGCCUCUUGAGCUUCCAGUUUUUCCUUUGCUCAUGGGAAGGAAGAUAGUAGGCGGCAGUUGCAUUGGAGGAAUGAAGGAGACACAAGAGAUGAUUGACUUUGCAGCCAAACACAACAUAACAGCUGACAUCGAGGUUAUCCCGAUUGAUUAUCUGAACACUGCCAUGGAGCGCCUUGUCAAAGCAGAUGUCAGAUACCGAUUUGUUAUCGACAUCGGAAACACACUGAAGUCUAGCUCUUAAAUUUUGUUAAGAGUUAUCUAGUUUAGGUCCGUUGUGGUUUUACCUAUCCCAUAAGAGCAUCCCAUUAUAUAUGUUGGGAGUCUAAGUAGUAACUGUUAGUCGUGUUGGUCAUGGGAUUGUUGUUCCAUGUUUUCCUGCCCAGUUUGGUCUUGUACGUUCUAUUUAAAUUGUAUUUUUUUUUCAGUCAAUGAAUUAAAUUCGAGUUCAGUUUCCAGCCA